UACGAGCUUUUCUCUACAAAAGACGGUGCAGUGAUGUUUGAGAGGAACGUUAAAAUCAAUGACGUCAGUAUCGGCCGACAAGUGAUGUCACUGUCACUGUAGUCACAAUGCCGCUGUGACGCGUUGCUCUCUAGUUCUCUCUUAUUCUACAACGAUGUCGACGUCCAGAGGCCGGGUCGAAGACACCUAUGAAGCGCAAAAUGACCAGCGACUAGACGAGCUUCAUUCCAAGAUACGUACGUUGCGUGGCAUUACUACUGACAUUAACGAUGACGUUGAGCGACAGAACCUAAUGCUCGACGACACAGGCAAUUCAUUUUCCUCCUUUGGCGCUACGCUAGCACAGACAUCUCGGCGGGCCGGGCAGGCUUUCGGUAUAGGCCAGGGAGGGUUGAAGUCAUGGCGAGUAGCCAUGUACGUCGUCCUAGGAUUCAUUGGACUCUGGCUGUCUCUGAAAAUAUUUUGGUGGUGGCGGUCUGGAUGAAUUAAUUUUUUUUGCUUAUUACAUGUGCGC